AUGGCCCCCAAAGCCGCAGCUGCCCGCACGGUCUGGGAUGAUAUGACCAGAACGGACCUGCUGCAGGCCAUUAUGGACGUCUGUCCUCCGACCCUCGACGAGUGGCAGGCGAGGGGGCAAGGUCUGGACGCCGAGGGAGUCAUGCGUCAUGCUGCACCCGCGCGCACCGUAUGGGACGACACGACGAGAACGGACUUGCUUCAAGCAAUCAUGGACGUCUGUCCUCCGAACCUCGACGAGUGGCAGGCCGUCAUGGCCUUGCUGCACGCGAAGGGAUACAGGCCCGAUAAGCGAAGAACCACGGCCAGGACGCAGGACGAGACCAUUUGCCUUCUCCUGGUCAUGAUGCAGGCGGGCAACCCCGAGCUCAACAUGAGGGGCUGGCAGGGAAUUGUCUUUAGAGCCAACGCGGCCGGCACUGUCGUCGAGGAGGGAGGAUUCUGCAGCGGAACAUGA